GUUUCGUUAAAAAUAAAAUAAAAUAAAAUAAAUAAUUUUUUUUUGGAAAAUUCGAAAACCAAAAAGGAAAAUCUCUCUGCUCAACAAGAAACGUCUCCCGUCUCUCUCUCCUUCUCUCUCUCUCUCCCUCCUUCCCUCCCUCCCUAAUUCCUUUCCAAAAAGUCCCUUUUUUGUUUUUUAAAAUUUUAUUUUUACCGAGUCCAAUAACAAUAGAAGAGGAUUGAAAAAUUCGUUGUCUGUAAAGGGAAAGCUGUCAAAUUUAUUACCAGAGCGUGUAUAGCAACUCAAUUAAGGGAAAAGAAUACAUUUUUUUUUGUUAUAGCUGCACAGAUACGAAGUGGGAUUCUCAGAUACUGAAUUCCUACCUCUUCUGUUGGAGAAACUGCCAGUUUGGAAUUAGGGUUUUUGAGCAUAUCCGUUUAAAGGAUUGUUAUUGCUCUCGCUUUGGUGAAUCUGGUUGGGAACUUUUCCAUCUAAUAUUGUUAAAAGUGUUUUAUCAAGUCGUCAUUGGGGAAGCUGGUAAUUUCUUUAAACUAUACAACUGCGAUCUGCUUUGCUUUGUGUGGUCCUUUAUUAUUUUCUUUCUUUCCACUUGUAAAUUGGGGACUUGAAUUGUUAAUGUUUAUGCUCAUAUUAGUCGAUUAUUCUUCUUUUUCUGUUAUUAUCUAAAGUUAUGUACAGUUAUGGCAAGUUUUCUAUCCUUCUGUUGAUACAGGAUACUUUCCGUUCUUUACUACAUGGUUUACAAACGUAGCAGGAUAUUCUUGCUGUCUUUGGAUUGCUUCAUUACAAGUUCAUGUCUUUGAUUGAAUUAACUCCUUUAGGUACGGAGAGUACAUUUAAAACUGAUCAGUGCUUGUAAAUGAAUUACUUAUUCAUUCUGUUAUGAGAGAAUUUUAUUGUCUGAACAAUAGAACAGUUUAUAAAUAGGUUCAAUUCAUCAUUUCAUACAUAUCGCUUGCAGUUAAAAGAAAAAUCCUACUCCUGCUGUGCUCUGAAGUUCUAGUAGGGGGAAAAAAUGUUAGAAGUUCUCCAAAGUACUAUUUCAUGAGUGCAUGUGGAGAUGAGAUUUUUGGCACUGUUUUUUUGUUAUUCUCCGAUGUUCUACUAUAUUACUUAUGUUUGGCUAAGUUCUUAUGUUGAAUUUUUUUAAUUUUUUCUAUGUGGUUGCAGUAUGUAUUUGCUAGACAUGCUUAGUGUCAUGCUUUAUCUUCUUUGGAUCUUUGCCGAAACAAGCAUGUGGUCUGUGCUGGAAGUAAUCAAGCUUAAAUAGUUCUCAACUUUUCUUUUCUUUUUCUUUUUUUCUUUUUUCUUCUUCUUUUUUUUUUUUUUGGCUUUGUUGUAUCUGUCCACAAUCAAUCAAACAUCCUUAGUAUUAAACUUGAUACACUGUUACCACACUUGAGGUGGUCAUGGUUUCUGGUGCUUUUCUCUUUAUCUAAAAACUGAACUUCUUUGUUCAUUUUGUGUGUUUUUGUUUGCGGGUUCUUAUCUUUACAUUAAGUGUUGAGGUUUUGAGUUUAUCCAGUUUUCGUAAGAUUAAGGCAAUAUUCUUGAAAUCUAGAUUUAUGUAGGCCGGUGUCUGAAAGGUUUUUAUUUUGAAGAGAAAAAGCUACCUGUAAAUGAAUAAAAGCAUUAGAUGCCAAGUUUGGUGGUAAGGGGUAACUGUUGUGUUGCGAAAUAUAUAGACAUUAUGAUGAUGUGCAGUAAUUCCAAUUCGCUGUUGUUGAAGUUCACGUUCAUGAUGAGUUGUGAUUUUAUUUUUCUUGAAGAUAAGUUUUUUUUUUUUUUUUUGGUUUAUCUGUUUCUCAGGGGAACUGCCAAAUUGUUUCUGGAGUUUGGCCGUGGUCAAUUGUCAGUUAAUAGGAUGUGUUUGAGUUUCAGCAGGUCUGUUGUGUAAGAUCUUUACGUCAAGAUGGAACCCCCCUCAUGUUGUCCACAAAGUGACACUUCAGCCAAAGGUAUCAAUUCAACAGAGUUAAAUCAUGAUGGUCCGGCAGAGCAGAGUAGCGAUGUUAAGUUGGAUUCUACAGAUGAUACAGAUCGGCCGCAGAAACCUGGAAGUUCUCCUAUGAACAUGGAUGUAGACAAAGUUUCAGGGACAUCAAUUGACAAGUCUGUUACGUCUUCAAGUGCAGAUGAUGCCACUGAUUCCUUGGAUUGCGGUGCCAAAGGCAGUUUACCACAACCCACUGAUGUCAUCAAGGAAAAUGGUUUACCAGGACUUUCUGAUGCCAAGAAAGAGAAAGAUGAGAAUGACUCUGCAGGAAAAAGCGGUGUUGGAGAUAGUCGAUCUGCUGGUGGCUACAAAAGCACAAAAGUUUCUAGAAGUAAUGAAGCCAGCAAUCACCACAAUGAGGAGUCUGCUGCCAUACUGUUGUCUAAAAUAGAAGGUAAUAAGCUCGAGACUGAAAGUAUUCAGGAGGACAGUAGCAAUAAUGGCGAGGAGCAUGUUCAUCAUACUGAGCUUCAUGUCAAUGACUCUAAUUCGGUUCAGAUAAAAUCGGGAACUGAUCUAGAUUAUGACAUUGAAGAUCCACUUGAACUUGCCCGGCUAGUCGCCAUCGAGGCCAAGAGGGAAGUAGAUUGCAGAGAACAGAGUUGUAGUUCUUCUGACAAAUUACCAGGAGGUGAGGCUCCUCGGCCAGAUAGCCCGGACUCCGAAUGUGGUGCUGAAUCACGUCCCCAAGAAGACGACUCUCUUAAGGGCUCUUCUUCUUCUGCAGAGCUUGAUCUAUCUGCUGAUUCUUCAUCACCUGGGAAAGAAGAAGAACCAGGUAUCACUUCAAAAAGUCAAGAUGCUGUACCAGGAAAUGGGACGGCACAGGAGGUGGGAUCCUCCCAGGUUACCGAAGUGGCUCAAGAAAACUCCGCCAAUCCUGAGAAAGGGUUGUGCAAUUUUGAUCUAAAUAUGGACGUCUGUUCAGAGGAUGCGGAUCACCUAGAUAACAAUUCAAUGUCUAUGCCCGUUUCGGUUGUUUCUGCCUCACGUGCUGCUGCUGUUCCUGGGUUGCCUGUUUCUCCUUUGCAGUUUGAAGGUGCACUUGGAUGGAAAGGUACUGCUGCAACGAGUGCUUUCCGCCCUGCAUCACCUUGCAGAAUACCUGAAAUGGAUAAGGCUCAUUCAACCGGGGGAAGCAACAGUAGCUCAAAACGUGAUGGCUGUCUUGUCAUUGAUCUGAAUGCUAAUGAAAGUUUAGAUGAGAGAGGUAUGGAUCAUCCUUUGCAGGAAAAACAGAUCCCGGUUCUAUCCGGCUUGCCUUCUGGGGAAUCUUCUGUUGAUGCGAGUCCAAGAAGAUCAGAAAGAAUCGAGUUGGAUCUCAACCAAGCAAGUGAGGAUGGUGAUGCACGUAUAGACUGGCGAACUGACGGACUGGUCUUUCACCAGAGAAAUGGCUACAUUAGUCAUUCUCCUUCAUCAUCUUCAUCAUCCAAGCAGCCUUCUCUAAGGAAUAUUGAUCUGAAUGAUCAGCCAUCUUUGGCUAACGAAUCUGCAGAUCAUCAUCCUUUUCUAAGCAGGUUAUCUCAUCAAAGUUUUAGUGCAAAUCCUAGUGUUAAAAGAACCGAUGACACGGUUAUAUCCAUCAUGGGGAUGAAGGUGGAGGUGAACCGGAAAGAUUUUACUAAUCCCCAUCCCCAAUCUCUUCCAUUUUUGAAGAAUUUUGAUCCUGCCCUGGAUGCUAACAUGGCGAGAAACAUGGGCCCUCUUGGGAUGGGACCCACUAUUCCGUACCCUCAUUCUGCAAGCUAUGGUUACAAUGGAGGGCUAACAUCAGGACCUGCUUUGCCUUUCACACCAGCUAUGUACGGACCUGGUGGCUCCUUCCCUUACAUGUUGGAUUCUCGAGGAGCGCCUGUUGUCCCUCAAGUAAUGGGCUCUGCUUCAAAUGUUCCACCUGUUUUUCCACAGCACCCAUUCUUUAUGAGCAUAACCGGUCCUGGCACCUCACCUGCAAAUGGGACUGCGCCAGGCCCUUCUCGCAAUAGCUUUGAUCUAAAUUCUGGACUAACGCUCGAUGGAGGAGCAAACCGGGAUAUUGUUGGGUUUAGACAAUUUCUGAACCCAGGGCACCAUACAUUCCUGAUGGACGACUACAUGAAGUCGAGUAAUUCGCAAGCAUCGACUAGUUCAGGCUCUGGUGUGAAGCGCAAAGAACCAGAUAGUGGGUGGGAAGCUUUCCCAUUCAGACAUGGAAAUAGAAUGUAAGUUGCCCCCAAACCUGGGAUGACAAAAACAAGGCUUUAGGGGGUUCAAUAGGGAAGUUUGUCAUCAAGCUAGUAGGGUGGCAGGUUUGACAGAAAUGAAUAAAAUUUGAUAGCGGGAGGGGGGUUCAUAGGGUGUCAUAUGAUUAUUAAUUUUAAUGCUAAAAGGUUACGUAGAUCGUAGGUUUAAUUGUUUUCCCAUAAUGUUUUUGAUAAUUUAGAUGGUUUUCUUUGGCAUUUCAUAGAAGAAGGCAAUUGUUGCUAUAGAUAACUUUUUCACUUGUAAUUCUGAUGAUAUAUAUAUAUAUAUAUCAACGAAAGUUUUCAGAGACCACUGCCUCUUCAAUUUUCGUGCAGACGAACAGAUCAACUGCUGACCACCUUGAAUCACGGUCGUGGGUUUAUUCUUGUAUUUAUUUUGGUUGUUCCCUGGUUUUCUUCAUGUCGUCUAGAA